CCGGACAGGCCCCUCCAGUCUGUCGUGGAGUGUGAAGGUAUCACAACAAAGAGGCAGAGCGCAGAAGGAAACCAUGUUCAGUGCGCGUGGUGGUGGUGGCUGAUGGGCGUAAGGCAUGUUUGUGGCGUGGUGGCUCCUCGCUCUGUGGGUCCUGCUGGCGGCGUGUGCUGAACGCGCGGAUGUGCCCCAGUGGCUGGGCAACGUCCUUAUGCCCACUGACGGGACGUCACCUGUGCCCCUGCUGGACAGCCAGGACGCAGUUUGCACCUGCAACGAGGUACCCGGCAAGUUGGUGGUGUGUGAUGGGGGUUCGGGCUGCGAGAGGUUCCCGUCUGGCUUCAACACAACGGCGUCAGUCCUUCAGGUGCAGAACACCGUCAUCACGACCAUCCGCAAAGGCGACCUGGCCAACCUGACGCACCUACAAGAACUCGAAAUCGACCACAACAAUCGUCUCUCCGUCAUCGAACUUGGGACUUUCGAAAUGAUGGCCUCUCUCAUAAACCUCUCUCUGUCAUACAACGAAAACCUCACACACCUCGAGGCGGGCGUGUUCGACGGCUUGCAUAACCUCAAAGAGCUACGUAUGAAGAAAGGUGGAUUUUUCGAUAUGGGUCUGAUAUCACCAGCGCUGACUGCAAUGUCAUUGCCCAGUCUUAAGAAACUGGUCCUGGAUGAAAACGCGUUCCAGAGAAUAGAUUCAGAGGACUUGGUCGCUAUGAACGGAUCCUCCCUGCAACAUCUGCAUCUCAUCGCCUGCCAGUUGGACUUCAUCCACCCUUCAGCGCUGGACCCGUUACGUCAUCUCCGGGAGUUACUUUUGGGGCAGAACACACUCAACAGUAGUACGAUCACUGAACUGGUGUCACACUUGGUAGAAGAAUCAGUUCCUCUCAACCUCCUCAGUCUAUAUGGAAUGGGCUUUCUACGGCGUCCUCCGAUGAACGUGAUGGAAGCAGUUUCCCAGUCUAACAUCACACACCUCGUUUUGGCACGAAAUCAGUUCCAGAAACUGAAGCCUGGAUCAUUCCCUCUGAUGCCCCGCCUACAGUACCUUGAUCUAAGAGAAAUUGUGGCCACAGACCUGAAACCUGGUACCUUUUCACCCAGAAUCAUGCCUGAACUAAAGACCUUACUAUUCGGUGGCAACAUGCUAUCAGGUGUGGUGCCCGGAGUAUUGGUCCCACAGCUGGAAUCAUUAGACCUUUCAGCAAAUUACGGGGACCCUCGUACUCGAUCCUAUUUCGACGUUGGCGAAGGCAGUUUCGUGAACAUGACGAACCUCUCAUUUCUCAAUCUUUCAUACAACAAUAUCAGACGAGUGUCAAGGAAUACUUUCACAGGUCUGGAGAAUCUAGACAGACAUCUUGGGUUGAAGAAUGCUUCUAUAUACCACCUGCAGGAAGGUUCUUUCGAAAAUCUGGGGAAACUUCAAUUCCUGAACUUGGAAUACAACCCAUUUCCAAAAUUAUACAAUCUCACAGCGUCAAUGUUUCGGGGCCUCCAUAACCUUCGAGUGUUACUUCUUAGUGGAUGCAGCAUCACCUUUCUGUCACCAAAUGUCUUCAGCUACCUCCCAAGUCUGGAGUACCUCAGUCUUCGUGACAAUGACCUGUCGGUCCUCAGUCCCAUCCUAUUUACUCCCCUCCCUCGUCUGAUCGGCAUAGAUCUAUCACACAACCAGCUUACUUAUCCAAAAAAUACAAGCUACAGAUUAUUCGAAAAUAACUCCCAACUUGAAGUCGUGUUCCUUUCAAGAAACAAGUUCACAUCCCUGAAUCCAGUGAUGUUGGAAGACGCGGCAGUUCUGACACGUUUGGAACUGUACGAUAACGACCUUCUGUGCCAGUGCGCGUCCUUCUUGUCAACGAAAAAGUGGCUUAAAGAACAGAAUCUCUCUCUUGUGGACACCCACAUCGCUGGUCUUUCAACACUUCGAUGUUUCUCUCCAGAUGAAUCGACGAACAAACCUGUAAUUGAAUAUGUUGAUUCUCUUGGGGAUGCCUGCGUGUUACCACCUGCUGAAGACCAAUUCGUGACUUGGAUUACGGUGUUCCUUGUCACAUUUCUUGUUUUAGGGUUUGUAGUAGUGGCUGUUGCGUAUCAUUAUCGUUCAUACAUUCGUUACUGGAUAUUCCUCGCUCGUAUGGAUAUUCAGAGACGUGGUAUCAGAAGAAAGGAUUGUGAAGGACAUAACGACCACCAAUACGAUGCAUUUUUGUCAUACAGCAAUGAGGACCGAAACUUUGUGGUGAGGCUUGUGGCUAUGUUGGAGAAUUAUGAACCUUUCUUAAAGCUUUGUGUAUACGAACGAGAUUUUGAGAUAGGGUCGGUAAUUUCAGAGUCUGUGCUGCAAAGCGUUGCCAUGAGUCGAAGGACGUUGCUUGUGAUCAGCGAUGCUUUUGCCAGGUCGCAGUGGUGUCGUUGGGAGCUACAAAUAGCAGAGAAUCAUCGGCUGUUUCUAAGGGAUGAUAACGAGGGGGGAGGAGACCCCCUAAUCAUGAUAAAGUUGGGGCAAGUAACAGAGGCACAUAUGACCCCAACAUUGAGGUACUUACUGAGGACAAGAAUAUACCUGGAAUGGGAUUCAGAACCGAGGAAACAGAGACAAUUCUGGGACAAACUUCGUACUGCCCUAGCACCACCUCCAGUAAGCAUAACAACAACAACAAACACCUAAAGAGUUUUUAUAAAGCGUUCUGAGGAUGGUGUAAUACAAUCUGGAUUUCUGAGUUUUUGGGAUUUGUCCGUCAUUUGAUAUUAAAAAAAGUGUUUUUAUACCCAAUUAUAGGUAAGAGGUGCACGUACCCAGUCGGGUCCAUUUGAAAGAGCUAACCUCAGUCAUUGGAAUAGAAUAUCAGACAAUUGACAAAGU